UCUCCUGUUGGGUCCAAAGAUCGAGGCGCCGCGCGUUCUCCCUCUGAUCCGUUUCACCUGCAUGCUCAGCUUAGCGUGGACACUCUCAAUCACACUCUCUCUCUCUCUCUACGCCGCUACGCCCCACACACCUCUGGUCACACGCACCCCUGCUCGAAUCCACGCUCCCCAGCUGUGCCCCUGGCCGUCUGCGCUCCCUGUGUGUGGGAUAGAGGCCGGACGGGACGUUUGUAAGAAGCUCUGUUGUCUGUGUCUGUGGAGUGGGGCUGGUCACCUUUGUCUGGGAGCUCGGAUUUACUCACCUGAGCAAGAGGAGGGGAGGGCUUGUUUCCAGGGAAACUGAAGAAGCACCUCGGGGUCUGGCCCUGAGCAGUGUCGGAGCACUUACGCACUUACGGGAAAAGGUAUAUCUGGCCUCUCACUGUGACAUAUCAUGGAUGUGUAGAGUAAAGAAUGGAGUCGGUGCUGUCUUUCUUCGGUUUGGACUGUGCGAGAAGGAAAGAGAAAGAGGAGGAGAGAUGUCUACGAGCGAACGACAGAGAGUUUAACCUGCCCUUCAAGUACGCGACAAACGCCAUUAAAACCUCCAAGUACAACCUGUUGACCUUCCUGCCACUCAACCUCUUCGAGCAAUUCCAGAGGCUUGCCAAUGCCUACUUCUUCUUCCUGCUCAUCCUCCAGCUGAUCCCAGAAAUCUCCUCCCUGUCCUGGUUCACCACUGUGGUGCCGCUGGUCCUGGUGCUGUCUAUUACUGCCGCCAAAGAUGCCAGCGAUGACAUUAACCGGCACAGAAGUGACAAGCAGGUCAACAACCGCAAAGUCAAAGUCCUCGUCGACGGAGAACUGAGGAGUGAAAAAUGGAUGGAUGUGCAAGUGGGUGACGUCAUCAAGCUGGAAAACAACCAGUUUGUUACGGCCGAUCUGCUCCUGCUCUCCAGCAGUGAGCCCCUGAACCUGGUCUACAUCGAGACCGCUGAGCUGGACGGAGAGACCAACCUGAAGGUGAAGCAGGCACUGACGGUGACGGGGGACCUGGGCGACUGUAUCGAGGAGCUGGCCGCCUUCGACGGUGAGGUGCGCUGCGAGCCGCCAAACAACCGCCUGGACAAGUUCACUGGGACGCUGACGCACAGGGGGGAGAAGUACUCCCUGGACAACGAGAGGAUUCUGCUGAGGGGGUGCACGCUGCGGAACACCGACUGGUGCUUCGGCCUGGUGGUGUUCGGAGGUCCAGACACUAAAUUGAUGCAGAAUUGUGGGAAAACGAUAUUCAAACGCACGAGCAUUGACCACCUCAUGAACGUGCUGGUGCUUUUCAUCUUUGGGUUCCUGGCCUUCAUGUGCACCAUCCUUGCCAUUGGCAAUGUUAUCUGGGAGCACCAGGAGGGGGCGCUGUUCACGGUCUUCCUGCCCAGGCCGGAUGGGGUGAACGCCGCCUUCUCUGGCUUCCUCACCUUCUGGUCCUACGUCAUCAUCCUCAACACUGUGGUGCCAAUCUCCCUCUAUGUCAGCGUUGAGAUCAUUCGACUGGGAAACAGCUUCUACAUCGACUGGGACAGGAAGAUGUACUACCCUCGGAGCAACACCCCAGCCGAGGCGCGUACCACCACCCUCAACGAGGAGCUGGGCCAGAUCAAGUACAUCUUCUCCGACAAGACGGGCACGCUCACACAGAACAUAAUGACCUUCAACAAGUGCUCCAUCAACGGGAAGUCCUACGGAGAUGUGCUGGACUUCAGUGGACAAAGAGUUGAAGUCACUGAUAGGACGGAUAAAGUGGACUUUUCCUACAACCCGUUGGCCGACCCCAAGUUCUUCUUCCACGACCACAGCCUGGUGGAGGCGGUGAAGCUGGAGAACGUCGAGGUGCACGCCUUCUUCCGCCUGCUGUCUCUGUGCCACACCGUCAUGGCGGAGGAGAAGAACGAGGGUGAGCUGCUGUACCAGGCCCAGUCGCCAGACGAGGGCGCUCUCGUCACUGCCGCCCGAAACUUUGGCUUCGUCUUUCGAUCCCGCACGCCAGAGACCGUCACCAUCGUGGAGAUGGGGGUCCAGAGGAGCUACGAGCUUCUGGCCAUCCUGGACUUCAACAACGUCCGCAAAAGGAUGUCUGUCAUCGUGCGCAAUCCAGAGGGCAGGCUGACUCUGUACUGUAAAGGUGCCGACACCAUCGUUUACGAGAGACUUCAUCCGUCCUGUAGCAAGCUCAUGGAUGUCACAACAGAGCACCUCAACGAGUAUGCGGGGGAGGGGCUGCGCACGCUGGUCCUGGCCUAUAAGGAUCUGGAGGAGGAGUACCUGCAGGACUGGAAGCAGCGGCACCACGAGGCCAGCACAGCGCUGGAGAACCGUGAGGAGCUGCUGGACGACCUGUACGAGGAGAUCGAGAAGGACCUGCUGUUGUUAGGGGCCACUGCCAUUGAAGAUAAGCUACAGGAUGGAGUUCCUCAGACCAUUGAGCAACUGUCCAAAGCCGACAUCAAAAUCUGGGUGCUGACUGGUGAUAAACAGGAGACGGCAGAGAACAUUGGCUACUCCUGCAACAUGCUGAGGGAGGAAAUGACCGAUAUCUUCAUCGUGGCGGGACACUCGCCGGAGGAAGUGGCGGAGGAGCUUAGGAACGCCAGGCGGAAAAUGAAGCCGGACGCCGGAGACGAGCCCCCCUUCAUCAAGGGGGGAAUUCUGGGUAAGAAGACCAAGGUGGUCGCUGAGGAAAGCGUUGACGGGGAGUAUGCGCUGGUAAUCAACGGCCACAGUCUGGCCUAUGCCCUGGAGAAGAGCCUCUGCCUGGAGCUGCUGCGGACGGCCUGCAUGUGUAAGACGGUAAUCUGCUGCCGGGUCACGCCCCUGCAGAAGGCCCAGGUGGUGGAGCUGGUGAAGAAGCACAAGAAGGCUGUUACCCUGGCGAUCGGAGACGGGGCCAAUGAUGUCAGCAUGAUCAAGGCGGCUCACAUCGGCGUGGGCAUCAGCGGGCAGGAGGGCAUGCAGGCGGUGCUGUCCAGUGACUUCUCCUUCGCCCAGUUCCGCUACCUGCAGCGCCUCCUGCUGGUGCACGGGCGCUGGUCCUACCUGCGCAUGUGCAAGUUCCUGCGCUACUUUUUCUACAAGAACUUCACCUUCACUUUCGUGCACUUCUGGUACGGCUUCUUCAGCGGCUUCUCUGCACAGACCGUGUACGAUGAGUGGUACAUCACACUGUAUAAUCUGGUGUACACCGCCCUCCCUGUGCUGGGCAUGAGUCUCUUUGACCAGGACGUGAAUGACCGCUGGAGCUUCCAGUACCCUCAGCUCUACAUCCCGGGGCAGCUGAACAUGUACUUCAGUAAGAAGGCCUUCCUCAUCUGCCUGCUGCACGGCUGGUACAGCUCCGUCGUGCUCUUCUUCAUCCCCUACGGCGCCAUUCACGACACGGUGCGCGACGACGGCCGCGACAUCGCCGACUACCAGUCCUUCGCCCUGCUGGCUCAGACCUGCCUGCUCGUCGUCGUCUGCAUACAGCUGGGCCUGGACACGUCCUAUUGGACAGCGGUGAACCAGUUCUUCCUGUGGGGAAGUUUGUCUGUGUACUUCGCCGUCAUCUUCACCAUGUACAGCAACGGCAUGUACCUCAUCUUCACCGCAUCCUUCCCCUUCAUUGGUACGGCCAGGAACUCUCUGAACCAGCCCAAUGUGUGGCUAACGGUGCUGCUAACCUCCAUCCUGUGUGUGCUGCCUGUUGUGGCCUACCGCUUCCUGCUAAUACAGCUACGGCCCACAAUCAACGAUAAGGUGAGGUUCAAAGUGAGGCAGGCCAAAUCCAUCCUGCCCCCCGCCCCUCGGCGCGCCCGCAUCAGGCGCACCAGCACCAGGCGCUCCGGCUACGCCUUCUCGCACGCCCAGGGCUACGGCGACCUGGUCACCUCCGGCCGGUACCUGCGUCGCCCCGCCCUCCCCCGCACGGCAGCGUUCAGCCCCGCUGGCCACCAGCAGGGGAAGCCGCUCCAGGAGUCCUCCUCGCCUCAGACGUAUCGCACCGUCAGCGACCACCUGUGAAGCGCCCAGGCCACACCCUGAGGGCGGGGCUAGAAUGCAAGAAACGCCACCCACCUCCACCUCAGCCCCGCCCCUCCUGUGCCUACAGAACCGUUGGGAGCAGAGCGACCCCUCGCAAGUAUGGAAUCCCAUUUUUGUCAAAGUUAAAUUAAACAAAUACGCCUUUAUGAUAUAAAUAAUCAGCAAUGCAGCAAAAUGUAUAAAUUAGUUAAUAAAUUGUGAAAUAAUUGAAUAAUUCAAUAAUACUCAACUCAGUAUUUUUAAAUAUUAUUUCCCCAUACCCAUUUGCAUAAUGACAUUGUAGUCUUUUAAUUUAAUUUCUUCUUUUUUUUUUUCAAAAGACCACUUUUAUAUCAUUAUGGUACUUUCCCAAAUUUCCGCACAUUUCCUAGUCACUCGUUUUCCUUUUUUCAUUUUACAAUGACACAAUUAUUUCAUGGUGUGCUAAUCUGUCUGUCAAAAUAUAAUUUUUUUAAUUAUUAUUUCACAAUUUAUUGACUCAUACAUUUCUGCAAUCAGUAUUGCGUAAUUCAAAAUCAUACAAAUAUUUAUAUCACAAAGGCAUAUUUAUUCAUUUACUUUUGACAAAAAUGGAAUUCUAUACACAAGGGGUUUCACUGGGCAUCGGCAUGGCAACCCCAAUGGUUUCUCCUGUCUCUUUCAUAUAACUCUUUUGUGUCAUCUACGGUGCUCCUCGCAUGGAUGUGUCAUAGCACUUUACUGACACCAGGUUUCUCUGCUGGCGCCCCAGUAACCCACUUAAACCCAGUGUCUGUCCAUUGAGCAUGUGACCGAUACUUGAAUGACGUACUGUAACACGGACAUCAACGGAAUACAAAUUCCUGUAACUUUUGAAGGGAAACACAAGUUUAGCCCUCAUGACUAUUUCAAUCUGACAUUGUGUGAAUGAUUUGUAUGAACUGAGCUCAGUUUUAAAAUUCAUGUGUGGAAUGGUUAAAUGAUGAAUCUCAUUACCAGAUGUAUGCUUCCAGUGUCAGGUUGGCUGUGUGACUGGAGCAAAGAAGCUCUUUUUGUUAUGAUCAUAAAAAGAGGUUUUUUUUGAUGUACAGACACCACUGAGUGAUAAUCUAUGGCCACAUCAGCCAAGGGAAAAUCAUAAAAAUACCAAAUCCAUUCAAACCAUGGAAGAGAAGAAAAACAACACUAAUCAUGGUUCCCAUGGACAUGGAAGAAAAUGUAACGCAAAUAUGGUGACUUUUAAAAAAUAUAUAGUAAGACAUAUAUUUCACAAAAGUUACGUACAUUGUAAUAUCUGAAACUGGCAAAUGUUAUGUAUAUUUGUGUUAUAUACUGCAAAGUCUUAGUAUAUUUUGUUUUAUCUUCAUUAUAUUGCAUUUCCGGAUGAUGCCGGAUAUAAAAUUUAUUUUUUUCCCCGGGUUGACAUGAUUAUACUGCUUGUGUGCAUUUACCCUACUUUAUUUACCAUGUUCUCAGAUCUGUUAACGGCUAAUCAUCAAAGAUAACACAAGCAGAAGAGGAAAAUCUUAAAUCUCAGUGGGAGAAAACAAUAUUGAAUGUACAGUGUUGCUUCAUUCUAUAAUUCAUAAUAUCAUAUAUAUUAUGUACAGGGAGAUCUAAACUAUUUUGUAUAUACAACAUUAUCUUAUUGUCUGAAGGUAAACAUUGUAGCAGCAGUAAAACCACAUAUUUUGGGUGGGCUAUCCUAUAACUUCAGCAAAAUGAUAAAGUGUACAAAAUUCCUCAAAGUGAGGGCUCACGCUAACCCAGAUGUCGAAGAAGACUAGCCAAUAGACAUAAAUGUGGGUGUGUUACUUCACUGGUUAUAUGUGAGCCUCACACACGCACACACACACACACAAUUACAAUUGUGCUAGUGCAACACAAUAACAAAUGAUGUUUUUUGUAAAAAGAAAACUUAUUUGGGAAAACACAUUUGACUAUCAUAUUGAUUCAACCUUUUAUUUUGUACUUAAAAUGCAAGGCUUCAGCAUGAUUCCUUUAAAUUGUAGGUAUGAGGCUAUUGCCUGCUUAAUGAUAAUUUUGUCUGCUUUGUUUUAAUCUCAGUAUCCUAACAUAUCAGAGUUAAAUUCUGAAUUGAAUCGUGAUCAUGGUAUGUACUUUUGAUAAGUAAACAAGCUGCCAAAUAAAUACUUGAUAUUUUUUUAAACAUA